GUACGGGGGGCCCAGCUGUGUGACCACCAUCACCACCACCGACUGUAACUUUUCAUCCGUUUAUCCUACAAUGUUUUGCUCUUGUGGAUAGUGAAGAGUGACGACAUACAAAGAAGCCAAUUAGUUUGUAUCGCUUUUUGUAUGAGUUCAUAGUAAGGGAAGCGUUUGUUGGGUGAGCUAUAGCGUUUACUUUUUUGCACACACCCCCUCCUCACCUCCCCCCUGGGUGUGUACGGUUUAACUUUGGUGAAAUGUUUGUUAUUGGGUGAUAAAGACUGUCAUGACCAUUAAUGAUGAAGGAAUCAGGGGGAAGUAGAAAGAGUCGACAGGGUUGAGAACUAAACAUUAAACACCCUUUAGUUUAUCGUGGCAAGAAGAAAUAUGGUAAUCUAGUUUAGUUUAUCUGAAAACAUCGAUAUAGUGAACCAAGAACCCGUAAAGAUGAACCUCACUGAACCGUACGACAAUGAACCGAACUGCACCUUGGCUGACCUCACCGCUUAUGAGUUCAAUGAAUCACAAUGGGACACACUGGACAACUUGACCCUGGAGGAGGAGGCCAACUUUAUGAACUGUUCUUACCUGCAACACAUCGUUAACAUCAACUGCUCCAGCACAGACUACCUGUGCAGGUGUGCCCAGGAUGUAUACAGACAGUACUGCUUCGGCACGCCUCAGUACUACUCCUACAUCUACCGCAUCAUCGGCACACUCUUCCAAGGCAUCAUCUUCAUUAUCGGUGUUAUCGGCAACGUGAUGGUAGUGAUCGUGGUAGCUAAGAACAAGAACAUGACCACACCCACCAACUGUUACCUGGUGAGUCUGGCCAUCGCGGACUGUGCUGUGCUCAUAGCUGCUGUACCGCAAGAGAUCGUCAGUUAUUACCUCAUCGGAAACCACUGGAUCUGGGGUCACGUCGGCUGUGCUAUCAUGAUCUUCCUGCAAAAUCUCGGCAUCAACGCGAGUUCUCUCAGUCUGACGGCCUUCACAGUCGAGCGCUACAUCGCCAUAUGUCACCCUAUGAAGGCGCAGACGGUGUGCACGGUGGAGCGAGCCAAGAAGAUUACCCUGGUGGUGUGGGUCUUCGCUGUGUGUUACUGUUCCCCUUGGCUCUACCUCACUCGAGUCGCCCCCCUCACCUACGCCGUCGACUACCCCACACAGGAGUGCACUUUCAAGCUUUCCAGGGACCAGUACUUCCUCUAUUACUUCCUAGAUAUCAUAGUGUUCUACGUGGUGCCUCUGCUGCUCUCCUGCGUCCUCUACACCCUCAUAGCCAGGAUACUCUUCACCUCACAAGUACCCAAGAACCCGACAGUCAACGGCCAUCACGACAGGAAGAGAGCCAACUCCCCGCGCGUCCAGGUGGUGAAGAUGCUGGCGGUAGUCGUGGCCAUCUUCGCUACACUGUGGUUACCUUUACGGACACUGCUGGUCUACAACUCCCUCUUGGCAAUGUUCGGCUACACCACCUACAAGGACCUAUGGUAUCUGCUCUUCGCUAAAACCUGUAUAUUCAUUAACAGUGCCAUCAACCCUAUCCUGUACAACGCCUUGUCGGUCAAGUUCAGACGAGCAUUCAAGAGGAUGUUGUCUUGUGGUAAGCCUAAACAAGAGCAGUGGGCCAUGACGAUGCUGUACAGUGACGGGGGUAAGCGACCUCCCUCACGCCUCACAGCAGGACAGCAGGCGUCGGGGGGAACAGCGGGCGCAGCAACAGCAAGUGGAGGAGGUAGUGGGGGAGGUGGAGGGGGAACAGCACCAGGCGUGGACCACUCUGUCACCACGCCUCCCCUACACGCCCGCCACAACACGAGAACAGGCCACGCUAGAGACAACGCUCAACGCGACCUCCUCCACCGAGGAGGACCAGGACAUGUAACACCACUGGAGGAGGGACUGUGCCACACUACUGGAGGUACCCCCUGUGCCACACUACUGGAGGAGGAUCCCCCACUGUGUCACACUACUGGAGGAUCCCCAUGUGUCACACUACUGGAGAGGAUCCCCCACUGUGCCAUACUACUGAGGAGGACCCUCCAUUGUGUCACCUACUGGAGUACCCCCUGUGCCACACUACUGGAGGAGGAUCCCCACUGUGUCACACUACUGGAGGAGGAUCCCCCACUGUGUCACACUACUGGAGGAGGACCAGGACUAUGUAACACCACUGGAGGAGGGUCCUUACUGUGCCACACUACUGGAGGAGGACCCCCACUGCAUCACACUACUGGAGGAGGACCCCCACUGUGUCACACUACUGGAGGAGGACCACCACUGCGUCACUAA